AUGCGACUAGUGGCGAUCGGAAAGAAGCUUGAAUUACGACUGGAGGAUCGGGCAUCAGGGCAGCUGUUCGCGAAAUGUCCGGUGGAUGAGUAUCCUGGUAUCAGCAUCGAGCCUGUCGUCGAUUCUUCACGAUAUUUCGUUGUUCGCUUGAAAAAUGACAACGGCCAAACGGCAUUCAUCGGUAUGGGUUUCGCGGAUCGAAGCGAUUCGUUUGAUCUGAAUGUUGCGCUUCAGGAGCAUUUCAGUUAUAUUCAAAAAAGCGCUGCAUUUGAUAGCGAGAAGCUAAGCGAUCAGCCGAAACUGGACCUUGGCUUCAAAGAGGGCCAAACAAUUACAAUCAAUUUUGGAGAUAAUAAUGACUUGUAG